GACCCUUUAGGUUGCAAAUAAAGUAGGCUACUUGAGGACAGGGUGCAGGAGAUCUUUGUAUUUACUGUGUGUUCAGAAGUUUUGAACUGAUGUCUCUUCGCAAAACCCUCCCUGCCUUUGGGCGCUCGACUCUUAACAGGAGUUUGAUGAUCGCCACUCGCCAUCAUCGGUGUGUGCAAGCGUUACAUUCAACCAAAACAAACACAAAAGACGAGUCCGCUGACAGCAGGAAGCAUGUAUCUUAUAGUAACAAGAUCUCCAUUGACUUUGAACAGACCAAAGAAGCCUUCAAGAGCAAAGACACUCUUGAGCUGCUUAGAAGCUUGAUGGUUUUCAAACUGUGCUCCUAUGACAUCCUGGUUGAUAAGAAUAAGGAGAUAAUGGACCUCAGCAGAAAGUUGUUGGGACAGAAUAUGUUUGAGCAGUUUAUGAAGAUGACGUUCUACGGUCAGUUUGUGGCAGGAGAGGACCAUCAGUCCAUCAGGCCUGUAGUGCGUAAGAACCAUGCGUAUGGAGUCGGGGCUGUGCUGGAUUAUAGUGUAGAAGAGGAUCUCUCACAGGAAGAGGCUGAGAGGAAAGAGAAGGAAUCUUUCAUGUCUACAUCAGAGAAUGCAAGCUCUGGAGCUGACCACCGGGAGAAGAAGUUCACAGCCAAUUGGAAGUUUGGCGAUCGUGGUGAAGGCGUGACAAGCGCUCAUACUUAUUUCUAUGCCGAUGAGGCGAAAUGCGACCAACACAUGGAGACUUUUCUGAAAUGCAUCAGAGCCUCGGGUGGAAGUUCUGAAGACGGUUUCUCAGCUAUUAAGAUGACUGCCUUGGGGCGACCACAAUUCCUGCUCCAGUUCUCUGAGGUGCUGGUGAAAUGGAGACGCUUUUUCAGUUUCCUGGCAGCCAAGCAGGGGAAAGACGGCGUGGAGGUGCUGGAGCAGAAACUGGAUCUAGAGCAAUUGCAGACAUGUCUAGCUAGACUGGGAGCUCAAGGCAACAUUCAGAGCUGCUUCUCUGAUGGACAACUGCACUCAUCAGGCAUGGUGGACAUGCUGGACUGGAACCGUCUGAUUGACGAAAGAACGAAGAUAUCUGAUCUACUGGUUGUCCCAAACCUGCAGACUGCUGAGUUGGAGCCUCUUCUGUCCAAGUUCACAGAGGAAGAGGAAAGGCAGAUGAAAAGGAUGCUUCAGCGACUGGACGUCUUGGCUAAGCAUGCGGUGGAAAAUGGCGUCAGGCUGAUGGUGGACGCCGAACAGACGUAUUUCCAACCUGCCAUAAGCAGACUCACUGUGGAAAUGAAGAGAACCUUCAACAAAGACAAAGCUGUCGUUUUCAACACCUAUCAGUGCUACCUCAAAGAGGCAUUUGAUAAUGUGUCCAUGGACAUGGAGCUAUCAAGAAGGGAGGGCUGGUGUUUUGGUGCCAAGUUGGUAAGGGGGGCAUACAUGUACCAGGAGAGAAGCCGAGCUGCGGAGAUUGGAUACGAAGACCCCAUCAACCCCAACUAUGAAUCCACUAGCAGAAUGUACCAGAGGUGUCUGGAUUACGUGCUGGAGGAGAUCGAACAGAAUAAGAGAGCAAAUGUCAUGGUUGCAUCACACAAUAUAGACACGGUUAAACAUACACUCAGAAGGAUGAAUGAAAUGGGUCUGGCUCCCACAGAUAAGAAGGUGUACUUCGGCCAGCUCCUGGGAAUGUGCGACCAAAUCAGCUUUCCGUUAGCUCAGGCAGGAUUCCCUGUGUACAAGUAUGUUCCUUAUGGUCCGGUGAACGAGGUGAUUCCGUAUUUGUCCCGCCGGGCACAGGAGAACCGCGGCAUUAUGAAAGGAGUGCAGAUGGAGAGAGAGCUUCUAUGGAAAGAGCUGAUGCGCCGACUGACCAGUGGAGAGGUCUUCUACACACCUGCUGUAUAAACCACACUCGGCUUCUCACCAGAGACUCCUUACACUUGUUUUUUGCCUGUUCACCCAUCCAUUCGUAAAUAUUUUUUUCCACUCUCACCCAGGCUGUUCAAGAUAUAAUGCACAUGGGAUCCAUUUGAAUCCAAUACCACAAUUGGGUGAUGCUCACAAAAUGCAAAUCAUACUUAACCUGAAAGACAAAAAAAAAAAAAAAAAAAAAAAGGGAAGUUAAGUCUCUGCAUUGCAGCAUUAUUUUCAUGACAAUUAAGCACAUUUAGCCUCACAAUUAUAAUGUUUUAUUUUUGUCCACUAUGAAAACAAUGCACCUACAGCUGGUCAAACAUAUUCAUCAAGUAUUAAUGGGUGAAUUUCAUCAAAUCAUAUUUUACCUACAAAGCAAGAAUAUAUAAUAGGAAAUAAUGCAAAUAAUGCAUAAAUAAGUCAAAGCUGGUCAAACAUAUUUAUUAAAUAUUAAUGGAUGGAUCUCACAAUGUCACACACUGUAAAAAAAAAAAAAAAGUCAAAAUAUGCCAUAUUUCACAAUAUUAUAAAUGUUAUUUUUAAAAUGCACAAUUUUUUUUUUUUAUUACGACACAUUUUUGGAUGUUUUUGCAUUAUGACAAGUAUGUUUUUACAACAAUUCAUUUUUUUUUAUAGUAGAUAUAGGAAUUGCAGUUUAAAGUAAAUUUUUAUUACAAUAAUUAGAAAAUUUGGGGGAAAUGUGCUGAACUGUCAUGACAGUUUCACAAUGCAAAAAUCAUAAGUUCCUAACAAAAAAUCACUUUGACCCCAUUAUAUUAUCAAAGAGUCAUCUUUAUCUGGCAAAAUAACUUUUCAGAAUAUUAUGUCUGGUGUCUAAUAGCAAGUAACAACAGUUUUUAUUCCAAUACCAAUAACUGUUAUAACAAUGGCAUUUUAGAGCAGACUGCUGUUACCUUGGUGCAUUUUUGUAAGGGUCAAGAAAGAGAGGUUAUAUUCUUCCCUUUCCGUAUAAUCUUUCUCUAAUUCACUUUCCUUCACAUUUCCACUGCUCCCUUCUCUUUAUUCCACUGAUGGUCUGGCUUUGCACUCUUUCUCUUCUCUCAUCCAUCUCUCCGGCACCUUUAUGGCUCUGAAAGGGCUCCCUAAAAUGUCAGAUGCCUGAGUGUGCACUGCUGUUUUAUACCCCACCUUUAUUCCUCGAGUGGAACACCAAUAAUAAAAAUAUAAGUAUGAUUUAAACAGUAAUAAACAAACUCAUCAGUAUCACUUUCUGAUAAAGAUGGCUUGAAUUCAAGGAUAACAACACCUGGAGUUGGACAACUAUCUUUUAUGUAUGCAACCUUUCAUGCUCGGUGUGAGGAAUUGUGGGUAAGUUGGAGUGCAGGCACUCAUCGUCAAGAUUUCCAUAACCCCAUAAACCUGUAAACCGAUUAUGUUUCAUUAUAUUUCAGAUGUAAUGUAUUCCAAGCGAGUGGUUUGUUUGUGCUCAAGCCAAAUCUUGUAAAUCGCACUAUGGAUUUCAUUGAGAGUAAUAAAAAAAAAAAA